CCCACGGUCAGGCAAACGCGAGGUAGGCUUCUCGCAGCAGCAAACCCAAGCUCAGAAUCCCCAUCCCCCCAUGGCGAUUUUGCCGUUCCUCUCCUCCCGAACGCGCCACUCCGUCCUCCGGGGACCUCUGCGGGAGGCGGGCCGCCGCGCCCUGCUCUCCCCGGCGGCUCCCACGUAUGUACACUCGCCCGCCCGCCCCGCCGAACACACCCCCACGCUUCCUUCCACCGAAUUCUCCUCUACUGGUCACCGUCGCCCUCCUCCCCUCGACUGGACCGGUGCGGGAGCACGGAUGAUCUCUUCUAGUGUCGGUAUUUCUCACACUCGAUAUGGAUCGACAAACCAUACUCUGAAUUCUCAUAAGAGAUUCUAUUGGGUCCCACGUCCGCAACGCCCCUCUUACAGACCUGGAGCUGGUGUGGCAACAAAUGAAGCACACCAAAGUGUGAAUGAUUCAUUUGAAGUUCAACGACGAACAUUUGGUUCUGCAGCAGAACCAAUCCAAAGGAAUCCAGCCUACUCAGUGCUAAAUCCUGAUGAUGUCUCUUACUUCAAGAGCAUCUUGGGUAACAAUGGAGUUGUUCAGGAUAAAGACAGGGUGGCAGUUGCAAAUGUUGAUUGGAUGGGUAAAUACAAGGGUGCGAGUCAAUUACUGCUUCUACCAAAAAGUACUAAUGAGGUUUCGAAGAUUCUUGCUUAUUGCGACUCGAGACGAUUGGCGGUGGUUCCUCAGGGCGGCAAUACAGGUCUUGUAGGUGGCAGCGUGCCCGUUCAUGAUGAGGUGAUUGUCAACCUUGGUGGUAUGGACAAAAUAGUCUCCUUUGACAAUGUAAAUGGUAUUCUUACUUGUGAAGCUGGUUGUGUGUUAGAGAACUUAAGUACAUUUGUGGAGAAUGAAGGGUUUAUUAUGCCUCUUGACUUGGGAGCAAAAGGUAGUUGCCAAAUAGGAGGGAACAUUUCAACUAAUGCUGGUGGCCUUCGCUUUAUACGCUAUGGUUCACUUCACGGAAAUGUACUUGGCCUUGAAGUUGUCCUGGCCAAUGGAACUGUCCUUGACAUGCUUACUACUUUAAGGAAAGACAACACUGGAUAUGAUCUGAAGCACUUAUUUGUUGGAAGUGAAGGCUCACUAGGAAUAGUCACUAAAGUUGCAAUACUUACACCUGCGAAGCUACCUUCGACUAAUGUUGCAUUUCUUUCCUGCAAUGACUACAUGAGCUGCCAGAAAUUACUACUGGCAGCCAGGAGGAGUUUGGGUGAGAUUAUUUCUGCAUUUGAGUUCAUGGAUCGUCAGUGUAUUGAUCUGGCUAUGACACAUUUGGAAGGAGUUCAUAACCCUUUACCUAACUUGCCGUACAAAUUUUAUGUUCUAAUUGAGACCACAGGAAGUGAUGAAUCCUAUGACAAAGCAAAGCUUGAAGCUUUUUUGUUGCGUUCAAUGGAAGAUGGCCUUGUAACUGAUGGAGUUAUAGCGCAGGAUAUUAGCCAAGCAUCCAAUUUUUGGAGAAUUCGUGAGGGUAUAUCAGAGGCAUCUGUCAAAGUUGGUGCGGUCUACAAAUAUGACUUGUCCAUACCUGUAGAGAAGCUAUAUGAUAUUGUUGAAGAAAUGCGCAGCCGUGUCGGUGAUAUGGCAGAAGUAUUGGGUUAUGGCCACCUUGGUGAUGGGAAUCUGCAUUUAAACAUCUUAUCAAGCAAGUACAGUGACAAUAUUCUGGCACAAAUUGAACCAUUUGUCUAUGAGUGGACUGCCGGCCACAGAGGAAGCAUUAGUGCAGAGCAUGGAUUGGGGCUAAUGAAAGCUGAGAAGAUUCACUACAGCAAGUCACCAGAAGCAGUGCAAUUAAUGGCCUCCAUCAAGAAGUUGAUAGACCCUAACUCAAUCCUAAACCCCUACAAGGUUCUACCUCGAUCCGUUUCUGCAGCUGGAGAAGGUUAGCUGAUUGAUCAGGUUGCUGCCAGCCCCAAUAGACUUCAGAGCUAUAACUUGUGAAGGUCAAUGUGAAUAACAGAGGCGAACUUGUGAUGAUGGCGAGAUCGGUCGGUAGCCAGUAAAAGAAGUCAAUAAAAUUCCUGCUGUUGUAACCAAUUCAGCUGUUGAUUCCGUUCGGAGUAUUGGAAAAAUUUGUUCAGAUGGCCAUCAAAAUGAAAGCAAUACUGCUGAGUGUGGGUAUAUGUAGGAUUAAACAACGAAGAGGAAUAUAGGGCGGUCUUGUAUACUUUUACUUGCAUUUUCUUGUCUGAACUUGCGGUCCAUCUUUGCGGCCAAUGAAAACAUUUAUGAUGCACGGGGCGUUUUAUGAAA